AUGAAUAUACGAAACUUUCAAACACUAUGGAGACUCUUAUCAGAAAACUUUGGUCAGAGCGUUAGCCGCGCGGCAUAUCUUAUAAUACCUGUUGUGAGACGUGAAUCAAUUCGGCGCAAAGCGUUUCGCACAAAACUUGUGUAUAUUUUUCGCUCCCGAUAUCUGCUAUUCAGUGAACCUCUGGUUAUCAACUUUUGGCGCUUUAGUGCCAUCGAGGAAGUCGUCGAUUGGCAUAUAAUUCUGAGGAAUCUAUACAAGACGUGUGGUUACUCUCCAGAGCACAGGCGCUCCGAUCGUACUAUGAAUGCCAUGAAUGGUAUUUUGCCGACACCUCAGGAGUUGAUGCGAACUUUCUGUCAGACAAUCACCGCUCGGGUCGACAAACGGCACCACAAACUGUCCAAACAUAGCAAAGACAAGACCGACGCCAACGGCGCUAAACAGGAGUCGACCGACGAUUUUAAGUUUUUCGGUUUCAUUCAAAACUGCAAAAGCCUUUCGCUUCUGUGA